GACAGCCACCUGUCCUGACGACUGUUGUGGGGGCAAUGAUUCCCCAAUGAUGCAGUCCAGGCGCCGUGGUGUCACGCCUAUGACGUCGGAGCCAUUUACGACGGGCCAGUUUCCUCAUGGUAACGUACCUAUGAUUCAAUGGUAACGUACCUAUGAUUCAGUGUUCAUAUUGCACCUUCAUCCCUCGCUCGACUAUUAUUGUCCUUGACCUAUCUGAACCCAAAGCUAUACCUGCGAACACUCUCAAAUCAGUCCCGAAACCCGAAAAGAACAGAAUCUCGAGACUAAACACAAACACAAACACCUCACCAACAUGUCGUUCCUCUACCAGACCACACCAAUUCUGCGAACUGCUGUCAGAGCAACUGCCCUUCAGCAGUCGCCUCGUCUCUUCUCCACCGCGAUUGUCCAUCAAAAAUCAGCCACUGAAGCCGUGAAGGAUGGCCUGAAGAAGGUCGACCGUGUUGUUUCGGACGCCGCUGUCACCGGUAUCGACAAGACAAUCGAGCUGAAAGACAAAGCCGCCGAAGUCGCCGGUGUCGAGACCGGAAAGGCCCAAGGGAAGGCCUCGGAGAUCGCUGGUGAAGCUAAAGGCAAAGCCGCCGAACUGUCCGGCGAGGCCAAGGGAAAAGCAGCGGAAGUCAAGGGAAAGCUUUCAUAAAGCGGGAACACUGCUUCACAUUUUGAUGAAACAGCAUGUCCCAUGUUGAUCCAUGCAAAUCAUGCUACUAGGGAUCAAGCUGGCAUUUCCCUUGUACAAUAAUCAUCAAUGAAACCCUGACACUGGUCAGGUUCUGAUCAUGUGCGAUAUGAACAUAAUGGAAGAACUACCACAUCCAG